AUGUGGAAAUUUAUUAUUUUUGCGAUAUGUAUGCUUAAUGUGAUUGCGGGAAAUGCAAAUAUUGAAGGUUUAAUGGGAGAGUGGACCCCUGUGGCUUUAUAUCCACCGAUCAUUUUCAUGCCUUAUUGCCUGAAAAUGAAGUUCUUAAUAAACUCCAGUAAUCCACAGUGCGAAUGUUCAGAUGGUAAAAAGACUAACUUAAUUGAAACUAGAGGAACUGGUGACUUAGAAAAGGCCCCACCAGCAUUUGGACCAAUGCUUUUUAUUGAAGAUGAAAAUGAAGUUGCGGCUUCAUUAAAUGUGAAUUGUACGUGUGGCGGCGAAAAAUAUCAAUACCGAACACUUGCGAAAUCUAUCAACGAUAACUACAUGGUGCUAUAUAAAACACAAAAUAUAACUAAAGAGGAUCCUAACGGUGCCAUGAUCUACGCAAAAAGAAUUCCUGCUUACUCUGAAUUAAUGGAGUUUAUGAAAAACUUGAAAGAAUUAAGUGACAGGCAAGGCGGAAUAUUGUGCUGUACUGAAUAUGAAGCAGCACAAAAAUCAUUUUCACACCAAAAACCUAUCGAGAAGCGAGAAUAA